GUAAAGAGCCAUUUUGGCUUCAAGACGUGCACGCCGCCCGCACCCCAGCGCCUCCCCGCGCGCCUCUUCGCAGCCACCUCCGCCGCGAUGUCCGGGCCCGACGCGCGCGUCGGCGUGGCGCUCGUGGGGCUCGGGCGGGCCGGCCACUUCCAUAUGACUUCCCUCGCCGGCAUCCCCGAUCGGGCGCGGCUCGCGUGGGUCGUGGAUGUGGACGGGGCCCGGGCCGAGGGCAUCGCCGCGCGGCAGGGCUGCAAAUGGGCCACAUCCCUGGCGCCCGCCCUGGCUGAUCCCAGCGUGCAGGUUGUGGUCGUGGCGUCGACAACGGACACCCAUUUCCCCUUCAUCAUGGAGGCGCUGACCGCCAACAAGUCGGUGCUCACGGAGAAGCCCAUCUCCCACGAGCUGAAGGAAGUGGAAGAGGCGGUGCAGCUGGCAACAAGCAAGAACUUGCCUCUGUACUGUGGCUACCAGAGGCGCUGUGACAACAAUUUCCGAGUGCUCAAGAAGCACGUGGAAGACGGCUCCGUGGGCGAUCUCAAAGUGGUCAAGUGCUGCAGCAGGGACAACCCUAUGCCGCCAAUGGAGUACUUGCGCACCAGCGGAGGCAUCUUCCACGACAUGCUGAUCCACGAUUUCGAUAUGCUCAACUGGCUCAGCGGGGGCGAGGAGCCAGAGUCCGUGAUGUCUGUGGGCCACGCCUACAACAAGGAGAUCGAGGAGAUGGGUGACAUCGACACUGUCGCCGUGACGCUAAAGUACCCCAGUGGCCUCAUUGCAAUGGUGGACACGUGCCGCGACGCCUCGUACGGCUACGACCAGCGCAUCGAGGCGUUUGGCGCCAAGGGCAUGCUGACGGCGAAGAACGUGCUCACCAGCACCGUGGAGCUGGCCACUUCCGAAGGCCACCUAAUGCCCUGUGCGCAGUGGAGCUUUCCUCAGCGAUACAAGGAGGCGUACACCACCGAGCUCAAAGAGUUCAUCACGAUGGUGCGUGCAGGGGUCGACAGCGAGCACCACCGCCUUGAGCAAGAGGCGAUGUCGCGCCACCCGAGCAUCGUGCGCACCACGAUCGCCGCCGAGCUGUCGUGGAAGCUCGGCCGCUCUGUCGACCUGAAAGACUUGGAUGGGCUGCUUCUCGAGAGCGAGAAAGGUCCUGAGUCUGACACGCGCAGCACCUGUGACUCGUGCCCCAGCUUGGAGAACCACAGCUCUGACGAUGGCAAGAAUAUGUUCGGUGACACGUUCCGUAACUACGAGGACUCCUGCCGGCAGGAGGAGGUGGCAAGGACGUACAACACGAUGCACGCCAAGCAGACGGUGGACUUCGGGCGACAGCAGCGUGACCGCUGGCUGAGGUUCCAGAAGGGAGAGUUCACCGUGAUGGAAGUCAUCGAGAUGCUCGACGACCUCGUCGACGAUUCUGAUCCCGACGUGGACCUUCCGAACAGCAUCCACGACUUCCAGACGGCGGAGCGCAUCCGUGCCCAGUGGCCUGACCACGACUGGUUCCACUUGGUGGGGCUGCUGCACGACCUCGGGAAGGUCAUGGCGCUGCCGAAGUUCGCCGGGGACUGGGCCCUGGAGCAGUGGGCCGUCGUGGGCGACACCUUCCCGGUGGGGUGCGCCCCUGCCAUGGAUGCCGUCGUGUUCCCCGAGUCUUUCAAGCAGAACCCCGACUACAACCAUCCGGUGUACGGGACGCAGAACGGCAUCUACGAGCCAGGUUGCGGCAUCUCCAACCUGAUGUUCUCCUGGGGCCACGACGAGUACAUGUAUCAGAUGCUCAAGUUCAACGGCUGCACCAUCCCCGAGGAGGGUCUCAGCAUGAUUCGGCUUCACUCGUGCUACCCGUGGCACGACAAGCGCGCUUACAAGCACUUCGAGGCCCCGGAGGACACGGAGACGCUUCGCUGGGUGAAGGAGUUCAACAAGUUCGAUCUGUACUCCAAAGGCGAUGCAGUCCCCGAUGUCGAGGCACUGAAGCCCUACUACGAGUCUCUGCUCGCCAAGUACGGCAUCAGCGGUAAGUUGCGGUGGUGAAGCGAGAAUGGUGCGUCAGGAGGGCCAGGUUGGCCCUCAGCCCCUCGCCAUCUUCGACGCUUUCCGUGGAUGGCGGGAAGGAGGAAUCAGCUGUGUUCAGAGGAGGAGCAGAAGGAGUUUCAUCGUGGGGAUCGAGGGGGGACCAUCAGCGGCGCGAAGAGUGCCCUUCCUGAUCAGUUCAGGGGGUUCGCGCUUUCGCGUCAGAGUCCACAGCGCCGCUUUGUUGCGCUCUGCUGCGCACGGGGCCUGCUCGGGAAUGUGUUCUUUUAUUUCCUUGAGAGAAGCACUUUAAGUAGCCCUUUCAAUGGUAUCCCCGCUGGCCAGCCGGGCCCUGCUCGGUCUGCCCGCGCGCGUCGAAGGCGCGAGAUUGUUUACAGAGCGCCCCACCUUUGACAUUUGAAGCCAUCGUGGGUGCCGGUGCUCGACCGCCGCAGGGCCUCCGAGUCGAGGCGAGGCGUCAUUCUCGCGGCGGCCCCCUGCUCUGGGUGCACUCUUGGGUCCUUCGCAGGCGGCCGGCAGGGCGCGCAUUUGGGUUCGAAGCGAUCGUGGCCCCGUGGAGGGUGUUGCAGAGCUUCGACUAGCGCCGUUUCUAGCCCCCACAGACACUCGGCAUGCUCGACGUGGCCGUGGCAGAAUUUUAGCUUGGCCGUGUCAGGCCCCCGGGCCGCGAGAGGACGCUUCUUGAAAGAGCCGUGCGCAGUACGAAUCUGUCCCGAGGAGCUUUUUCGAAGCUGCCUCUCGACGGCCCAGGCGUACGCAAGGCACACGGCACUGCCUCGGUUAUCGGAGGAGUCGCCGCGGCAUCAGGGGGGGAGUUUUUUUGUUGCGUUAUCCUCAUUUUCCGAAUUGGAGUCUGGUCUCGGAUGUAGCGCCGAGGCGAGAACUGCCCGCUGGCACUCCCUCGCUGCCGAGCCCGGACGUCUGCAAGGUGCGGUGCGACUCACGGGGCUGUCGAGGUUCUCAUCCAGCGCGCCCCAGGGUGGUGCCGAGACCGACUGUCACACAGCAUGCUCCGUGCGAGUUCCAGGCGCACGCAGUGCAUACAUACUCUCUGGCACGAAGAAGGCCCCAGGGGAUAACAAUGCGAUGACACAGGUUCGACGUGGCUCAUUCUGCCACUCAAAGAAAAGUUUGCCCACGCUGUCGGACCAUGCGUGAGGGAGGAA